AUGGGAAGAAAAUUAUUGAUUUAUAUCUCAUUCCUAAUUUCUACUUUAACUCAAAUAUCCUAUCAAUAAUAGAGACCGUUCGUUGAAUUUCAAAAGGAUAUGGCUACCAUCUUGAUAUAUGGUGAUGGUAGCUUUGAAGACUUAGAGAGAAAUAUUAUAUAUACAAUGAAUCAGGCAUUGGUAUAUCAUGAAGUUUUUGUAGCGGUUAAAUCAUAGAAAUUGUUAGAUCAGGUGAAUUCCAAGUUUAAUAACUAGGACAACAUUAAAUUCAUCAAAACAUAAGAUGUAGAUGAUUUUGGAAAGAUUCUACAAGGUUUAUUUCACUAAAUUAAUGGAGAGUAUAUAGUUAUGAUUCACUCAAAAACUUAAAUAUCAGACUUAGAAAUUGUUAAUGAUGCAGGAGAACCCUGGGAUAACUCCUACUUAAUAGAUUUAGACUAUAACAGAAAUCUUGAUCUGAUUUUAUUUUCCAUGGAUUUCAGAUUUGAAGCUUCAUUAUUACUGAGGAAGAGAUUUCUUGCUUAAAUUUUGAAUCAAUUUUCAGAAAUCAGCAGGUAUUAUAUCAUUCAAUCAUUUAACCUUAGAUGUGACGAGCAAACUCUUUGCCUUGUUGGCUACCUCAUGAUUGAUAUGUAUCUGAAUAAGAGUCUAUUUAAUACUCUAUAGACUCUUAAGCUAGAUUGUCUUUAGCAUAUUGAAUAGAUUUACAAUCAUUUAAGCAAGUUAGAAAAAGCAAGAUAAAAUUCUACUGAAAACCCAUUUGCAUCUAUAAUAAUGUCUUGCUUCAAUAGAGAUUACUAUCUAUUAAGGUCUAUCUAGCAUGUAUUUUAAUAAACCUAUGUCAAUUGGGAAUUGCUUAUCUCAGAUGACGGUUCAAACAAUCCAAAAACACUCUAAAUUCUUCAGUUGGUUUCUAAUCACCCAAGAAUAAGGGUAUUAUAUCUUUAUACCAAUUAGUAUGCUGUAUUUGCGUUAAAUUAUGCAAUAACAUAAGCAAAGGGAGAAUAUCUAGCAAUUCAAGAUGACGAUGACAUUAUGCUCUCAACAAGACUUAAUUACCAGAUAGAUUUUCUUAGAAGAAAUCCAGACUAUGAGUUGUGCGGAGCUCCAUUAUUACCACUUAGUUAAAUUGGAAAACCAUAUUAUUACGCAGACAAUUAUGUGGGGAACUUUGCAAAGCUAAAAUUUUAUUUUCUAUUUGUGAACCAUAUUCCUCACAGUAAUUUUGCAAUUAGAUUAACAGAUAAAAUCAGAAAGCAUUAUCUGUACAAUCAUUAGACAGCUUAUGAUUAUUCUUUAUGGUUAAAGCUCUUAUUUGAGGUUGAUGAAAAUAUUAGAUUUGCUGUCUUGCCUAAUUUUGUAACGGGAAUCAGAUUUCAUGAUUUGAGAAUGACCAAUGAGGGAUAGGAAGCACAACACUACUCGAAAUGGGUCCCUCUAAAAUAUAUUGAGAUAGCUGAGAAAUUACACCCAGAAAUUUUUGAAAAUAUGAGUUAGUAAUGCUUUCUUGAAAUCUUCUAUUCACUUUAAUAUAACUCUGGAACUAUCUAAUCCUGCUAAGGAUAUGAAAUUCAUUCUUACCUUUCAUAAAUAAACAAUGGAUUAAGAAAUGAGAAAUUUAUAAACUAAAAUGACUUUAAAGAUCUAGACAAGCUAUUUGAUUAUUAUCAUAAGUAGUACACUUGGUUUGCUUAAUAAAAUAAAAUUACUUAUUAGUACUAAAAAAGAACUUUUGACUGUAUAGUCCAUCAUGGAGAUAUUUAGAUUUUAUUACUUCAUAUCGAUCAAUUAAAAGACUACGUUGACUAUUUCUUAGUAAUUUAUUUUUUAACCUCUAAUGAGGAGGUUACAAUGGAAAGUCUAUAGAAACACUCCUUGAUCAAAGAUUACGAGUCAAAGAUUGAAAUUAAAUUUAUCAAUAUUUCAGCCUAGUAGCUUGAAGAAUAUCGACAGGAAAUUAGUAAUUUAAUUGGCUAUACCUUUGUUAAUCUUUUAUUCAAGAAAGGAUGUUUUUAUCAUGAAGACAUCAUUUUUAGUAAAUCCAAUGAAAUAAUAAACCCUUACUAAUUAAGAAGAUACUAGAAACUCAAUACAAAUAUUGGAUUCUUUUAGUUGAGAUAAUAUUCAGCUCUUGGUUAAGGAGAAGAUUGGAAAUAUAUUAGGAUUAUGUCAUAUCGAUUAUUUGAGAAAUUGGGGUAUAGAAAAGCUCGAGAAUUUGUAAUAGAUCAAGAUAUUUUUAAAAAUUUAGACUAACCAGUAUUUGAGGAUAAACUCUAGACAAUAUAUGUCAUAGAUGAAUAUCUUAAUGUGCACACAAUGUAAGAUGCUGGUUUAUAUUUUGAUGAUUUUGAGUGCAGAUCUUACUUGAAAGAUAAUAAUAGAUCUAAGAUUUAUAAUUACAUUGCUAACAUGUCUUUUGCUGAGAAAAGAAAACUGGAAUCUUUUUCUUUGUAAAUUUAAGAUGACCUAAUAUCUCAUUGUGGGGAUAAGAAUCUAGAAAAAGUAAUUAUUAUUUAUGAUAGGUCUAAAGCCGAACUAUGA